UAUCAACAUAACCCCUCCAUUCUCUUUCUCUCACUCUCCAUCUCUCCCCCUUCUUCAACAAUGGAAAACGAGCUUACUGGUUCAAGCGGCGCGUGGGCUUUAAUGGCGAGCUGGUUAACACCCAAAAUUCUCUUCUGUUUCCUCAACAUUACCAUCGCCACUAUCUUCAUCUCUUCCAAUUUCAAAUCACGCACCAAACGCCCAAACAACGUUGUAAGGUCAUCUUCUCUUCUCCAACGUGCCGGUUCUUUCGAUUUCUCUUUCUUCUCACACCACCACCACCAAGACACCACCGCUCCUCCUCGUGAACCAUACGCGCCGUCGCAAGGCCCGCAACUCCACCGACCUCCGUCUCUCAUAGAUCGACUCAAAAGCUUCGAUUUCUCCGUCUUACCGGCACCCACCCAAGAACAAGACUCAACUCAUCAACCCGACCCACCUCAGGUUAAACGAGUUCCAUUGCUUGAACGGGUCAAGUCUAUUAAACUCUCUCUCUACAGUUCCCAUGUUACUGAUCCAGUUUCCGUCGUCGCCGACGACCACCACCAUGUUGAACGGAUCAAGUCUGCCGGCGCCGGAACCGGAACGGCGUCUAGAAAGAAGUCGGCGGCGCAGGAGAAGAAGAUGAAGAAAUCGGCGAGUGUGAAACCAUUUUCGUCGGAGAAAGCUACUGAAGAUGUGGAAGAGAGGCGGCCGGCGACGACAAGGCCGGUGGAAUCAGCUUCUUUAAUGGAUGAAGAAGUAGAUGCUAAAGCCGAUGAUUUCAUUAACAGAUUCAGACAACAACUGAAACUUCAGAGAUUGGAUUCCUUGUUGAGAUACAGAGAAACUUUGAACAAGGGAUCAGGUCCAAAGUAGGUUUCUUUUUUUGCAUAAUUGUUUGUUUACUAUUUUGCCCUUGCAUAUUUAACUAAACUUAAGUUGUUUUCAUGGUGGAGAAUGUAAUUUUAGAUUCAUAGUGCGUGCACUUGUAGGGUUAUUUCAUAAUAAUAAUAUUGAUUUGCAGCUUUAUUGUUGUAUAAAGAUUGAUGGGCUUAUUUUA